AUGAAAAGAGUGCUUACCUGCCUGACUAUCUAUCUAUCUAUCUAUCUAUCUAUCUAUCUAUCUAUCUAUCUCAGCACUAAACUUAAACUUAUUGAACAAUUUAUUGGAUUCCUAUCUAUCUAUCUAUCUAUCUAUCUAUCUAUCUAUCUAUCACAGUCAACCCAUAUCUAUCUAUAUAUCUAUCUAUCUAUCUAUCUAUGGCAGUCAACCCACAUCUAUCUAUCUAUCUAUCUAUCUAUCUAUCUAUCUAUCACGGUCAACCCAUAUCUAUGUAUCUAUCUAUCUAUCGCAAUCAAUCCACAUCUAUCUAUCUAUCUAUCUAUCUAUCUAUCUAUCUAUCUAUCUAUCUAUCACAAUCAACCCACAUCUAUCUAUCUAUCUAUCUAUCUAUCUAUCACCGUCAACUCAUAUCAAUCUAUCUAUAUAUCUAUGUUUCAUUCAUUGACUCACUUGUCGAUUUUGUCGUGA